GUGAUGUGAGCGCUCUUGGUGGGGUGGUGGUGGUGGUGGCAGCUGUUUGAAUCUCUGAGAGUAUAAACUGCAGAAGCGACCUCGUCAUUGCAAUGAAUUGCACCUGGGGCCGAAAGGAAAGUGGCAGAGGUGUACAGAGAGAGUACUCUUUAGCAGUUCAGGAAUGCCCGGCACAGCCCUGCCCGCUCAGGAUUUGAUCCCGCCCCGUCUUCCCUAGAGAGGGGGCGUGGUUGCAGGGUCUUUGGGGCGGUGGCCACUGGGAGCGCUGCAAGCUGACUUUGGUCCAAGAUGCGCACGGAAGGGGCGGGCCCUUCCCGGAAGUCGAUUAGCAGUGGGUACGGAAGGGGCGGUGCGCGGGAGGCGGUGCGGCGGGAUUGAGAUGGCGACGGAAGGCGAUGUGGAGCUGGAGCUGGAAACAGAACCGAGUGGCCCAGAGCGGCCGCCUGAGAAACCGCGGAAACAUGACAGUGGCGCGGCUGACCUGGAACGAGUGACCGACUAUGCAGAAGAGAAAGAGAUCCAAAGCUCCAACUUGGAGACGGCGAUGUCGGUGAUUGGAGAUCGACGGUCCCGGGAGCAGAAGGCCAAACAGGAACGGGAGAAGGAACUGGCCAAAGUUACAAUCAAGAAGGAAGAUCUGGAACUGAUUAUGACAGAGAUGGAAAUCUCACGGGCAGCUGCAGAACGUAGUUUGCGGGAACACAUGGGCAACGUAGUAGACGCUCUUAUAACCCUUACCAACUAACCUUUGCAUGGCUAGGCCUUGAUGGACUUAUUUAUUGCAAUAAAGGUUUUUUCUUUCCAUUA